CUGAACUGAGAAAGGAACGAAUCAGUUCAUGAAGUGAUUCGGUUCAGUACGCUCACUCAAAAGAUUCGUUCGUUCGAACGAAUCGUUCGCGAACGACACAACAUGCGUGGAGGAUAUGCGCUUUGCAGCAAAGUCCUCCUUUACUCCACACACGCUUCUAAGCCUCGCUACUAACUACACUUUAUUCAUCCUCCGUGUCAGGAUAAACUCCACUCGUCUCAGUCAACUUUGGACAUUAUUAGGCCCGCUUAGCUUGCUACUUGUUUUAGCGCGUUAGUUAGCUUAGCUUGCUACUUGUUUUAGCGCGCUAGUUAGCUUAGCGUGCUAGUUAGCUUAGCUUGUUAGCUGCUAACAAAGAGACGCGGAUUUGAUCAACACAUCGCUUAGUUAAGAUCAAGUGUGAGUGUAAAGUGUUGUGAUUGUGUGAAAAUGUGUGAAAGAACGAUAGCAGAGUACAAAGAGGAACUUUCUCGGACAAAAGAAGAAAACAAAAGACUACGUCAACUACUGGACGCUGUUUUCGAGAAACCUCAAGUUGUGUUACACAGAACAGGUCUUGGCGCCAGCGCGCGGUGCGCCCUUUCGAUGUCGAGUUGCAUAGUUGCGGGGAUCUCCAACAUGUCCCGCAGCAGUUUUUCCACAAACUCUGGCAUGGACGGUCCCUCGGCUCCUUCGGGAACAUUGUAUAUCCUCAAGUUCUUGCAUCAGGAUCUCCCUUCAUAGUCGAGUAGUUUGUUUUCUUGCUGAUGAAUGACUUUUAUCAUGUUGUUCAACACAUACUCCACGUUUUGAAUCCGGCCCUCCACUUUCUCAAUUCGCUCCUCUGUGUCUGUUAUUUGUUGUUUAAUGUUGGUGAGCUCGGAUUUAAUAUUGUUCAGUUGUUCUUUUAUGUCUUUUCGGAAGUCCCGAAUCUCCUCCAGAACUUGGACUAAACCUUCGGCGUCCGCCUCCUUUGAGCGAGGGUUAGCGUUAGCACCACCAUCUUGUAGCUUUACAGAUAUCCAGCAGCCCCCCCACAUGGAAGAGGAAGAGGGGGAUCCACAGCCCACCCACAUAAAAGAGGAAGAGGAUGAUCCACAGCCCACCCACAUGAAAGAGAAAGAUGGGGAUCCACAGCCCCGCCACAUGAAAGAGGAAAAGGAUGAUCCACAGCCCCCCCACAUGAAAGAGGAAGAGGGGGAUCCACAGCCCACCCACAUGAAAGAGGAAGAGGAUGAUCCACACAUGAAAGAGGAAGAGGAUGAUCCGCAGCCCACCCACAUUAAAGAGGAAGAGGAUGAUCCACAGCCCCCCCACAUGAAAGAGGAAGAGGAUCCACACAUAAAAGAGGAAGAUAAUGAUCCACAGCCCCUUCACAUGAAAGAGGAAGAGGAUGAUCCACAGCCCCCCCACAUGAAAGAGGAAGAGGAGGAUCCACACAUGAAAGAGGAAGAGGAUGAAUUACAGCCCCUUCACAUGAAAGGGGAAGAGAAGGAUCCACACAUGAAAGAGGAAGAGGAUGAAUUACAGCCCCUUCACAUGAAAAAGGAAGAGGAGGAUCCCCACAUGAAAGAGGAAGAUGAGGGAGAGUGUGUUGUAGAGCAGGAGGAGGAUGAUGUCAGCAAGUUUCCACUGACUGUUGUCUCUGUGAAGACUGAAGAGCAUGAAGACAAAGCACCUGAGUCCUCACAGCUUCAUCACAGUCCAAACAUCCAGCAGCCCCCUCACAUGAAAGAGGAAGAGGAGGAUCCACAGCCCACCCACAUGAAAGAGGAAGAGGAGGAUCCACUCAUGAAAGAGGAAGAGGAGGGAGAGUGUGUUGUAGGGCAGGAGGAGGAUGAUGUCAGCAAGUUUCCACUGACUGUUGUCUCUGUGAAGACUGAAGAGCAUGAAGACAAAGCACCUGAGUCCUCACAGCUUCAUCACAGUCCAAGUAAGCACAUAUCAUUUUAUUCUCAGGGCAUUCAAUCCAUCACAACUGGACUGUUCACUUUGUCUUAGAAGACUCAUCCAAGUAGGCUUCAUCACUUCAUGCUCAUACACUUCAAGUCUUAAA